GCCCCUGCCCGCCCUGCCACCGCGGCACGGCAGCACUGGGCUCCGUGUGCGUGGCUCUGCCUCCCGCAGGGGCCGGGGGGCUGCCCCCGGUAAGAUGUAACCCCCUGGAUCAGGCGGACCUAACAUGGCCCGCACCGCCCUGGCCUCGCGUCAGCCCCAGGCCCGGCCAGGUAGAUGUUCUUGUGGAAGGUGUCACCCUGAGUAGGCAAAGCUCUCCCACCAGGCGAAUUCCCGCUGGCCGCAGCUUGCCACGCAAGGAGCCAGUGAAGAAGAACGGGUGGGAUUCACCGCGGGGCUGAGGCACGGCCCCGAGAGUGCAUCAGGCCUGGGCUGACUUAGUCCCUGGGAAUCGUUCCAGCAGGAGGAAAUGUCGAUGUACAGCAGAAGCCUCCAAUCCAGGUUGCCUUGCUCAAGGAAGAAAUAUCCAUCCCCUGUAAAGUCAUCUUCCCUUACACGCCGAAAUACACCAAAUUUUCAAUCUCCUAUUACUGGAUUAAUUCACUGGAUCAGAAGACAUUUAUCUGUAGUAGGGUGGAAAACGUAGCCAUUCCUUCUGGAGAAGAGAAUAAGACUGCUGCCUUAUCUUAUGACUACAGAAUCAUGCCACUUGAAAACACCUCCUCUACUGGCACAUACUACUGCGAGGUCAAAUGGAAUGAUAUCCAAAAAAUGGGAAAGGGAGUGUUUGUCCUUAUUAGAGGUACAGGAUACAUAAAUACCUCUUACAGCUGGGAAAUCCUCGUUACCCUUACUGUUCUUCUGGCUGUAUUGAGCAUCACCGCAACAGCUCUGCUUCUGUGGAAAAGAAAGGUGUUGUGCCCUAGAAGGAACCAGCCAAAUAUCCUGAGACAGAAGGUGGAAACACAGCUCCCUUCAGCCAGCCCACCACCACUACCACCUCCUGUCUAUGAUAGCCUGGAUGUGCAGCAAGUUGAUGUCUAUUCUAGCCUCGAGAACAACACAAACAACCCACCACACAGAAAGAAUCCUCCAGGGAAGACACCUAAGAAGCAAGAAACUCUAGAAGAAUCCUCUGAUACAUUGUAUGAGAAUAUCUAACAGGGAAGAUACCUGACCCUAUGUGGACCAGACAUCUCUCUGUAUAGCAGAGCUACUCUCUUACAUCCCUGAUGAGAUGCAGAUACAUGGAGAGAUCCACACUGACUUCAGAGCACAACCACGAGGGAAUUGUGAACCCCUUGCCCCUUCUAAACUGCCCUUCAUUAACAACAGAAUGUAUCUGUUGAAAUCCCUCGGGGGGGCUCGGUCUGCAUUGAUGCAGCAAAGCUAUUUUGCAGCAAAGCUAUUUGCUGCAAAAGAAAAGCUGCUUUUGUCAAGCACUUAUCUUGGGAAUGGGCAAUCUGUGAAGGUUUCUCUCACCUGCUCCGACUGAAAUACUUAACUGUUGAUCCACUGCAAGUCGUAGGACAAUCCGGAUGCUUCCCUGCUUGCUGGUUUGAUGUUUGUGGCUUUGCUGAAAUAGCCAUCAGGACUUCAUGCAUACUUUAAUCAGAUCCAAGCAUCCACCUGCCCAUUUCCCUUUCUCAGGAACCCCACAGCAAACAUGCUUUCUCAUAAUCUGCUAAUCCCAUCAAGUAGUCACAGAUGCCUGCUGCGACCUUACUGGGGCGACUCAAAUCAGUGCCUCUAAGAAAAUGCUUCCCCUUCAGCAAUAUCAGCAGUGAGGACUGGAUGCACUGAUGGAGAUAAAGGUGGAGAAAAGGAACACAGAGAAAUAUCCCUUCCUGACAACAUGUCUCAGUGACAGUGCCCAUUCCAGAACAAGAAAGAGGAACAAGGAGGUGGGAACGUGAGGAAACUCCCUUGCUGGGGCUGCAUAAGCCAGGCGGGUCUGGGGCCAGGCUCCAGCCUGCAGAAGUCCUAGGGGAGCUCCCCAGUUUCCUUUUCUUCUUGGCAGUGGGCAUUGUUAUCGCUUGGGAUUUUGAGCCUCUGUGGGAGCAGGCGUGGUACCUCUGCCCCACCAAAACCAAUCGUUUAGCCUUUGUUUCAGCUGGCUGUUGUAGAGAGUAUAAAGCUCCUUUACCCUUCCACUGUACAUUAUUGGCCAGCGAGAUCAGUUCUGAAACUUAGAACGACUGGAGGAAGGAGGAGGGAGGCCUUAGAAGUGAAUUUGCUGUCCAAGUUCUUUCUCCCCUGUCAGCUGGAACUUGCCUACCGUUUCUGGUGAUGCUUAUUCUGGUUCUGAUAGGGAAGGAGUUACAUUAAAUAGCUGUAUAACAUGAUCAAACCAGCAGAUCAAAAAGCUGAGGCUGUUUUAUCUCAUAUUAAAAAACAACAAUGAAAUCACAACCAAAUAAAACCAACCCAAACUAAGAAUAUGCAGCAUAACUUGAGAGGAAUUGUAGAAACCUCUUUAAAGAAGAUCAAAUUAAAAUUGAGCUCCAGGGUCAUAGGACCCUCUCUAGCUGAAGAUAAUGUUGCUAUGUAUCAGAGAUAGAGGCUGUGGAAAAUGUCUCCGGGGCCUCCAACCUUCCUAUACCAUGUUUAAAGAGAUAAUCCGCUUAUUGCUUUGCUCUUUUUAUUAGAAAAGAUUUCAAACAUGCAAUUUGGACUUUCUUUAACCACAGAAAAAUGGUUUUUCUCUUCCCAGCACUGAGGAAUUCAUUUCAGAAAAGGCAAUGAAUGGACAGCAUGUCUUAUUAGAUCCAUUUAUAAUUUGUUAAGUGAUCACAACAAUUAUAAAUAUUUUUGAAGUAAAACGUUUUACAUUUUACUAAUAUGACCAGGAAAUAUUUGUGUUCGCAGAAGAAUUUACAGAGGAUUGUACAGGUAUAACAAUUCCUUUCCUUAACAAAUUUGAAGAAAUGAUGAGAUGAAUUAUAAAUAUGUUGCAGUAUGGCAAUAAAAUAUUCAGCAGAUGCUGGUGGAUUAGAUGAAAAGUAAAAACUUUCAAAA